AGAAGGCGGGAGGUGGCGGGACAGCUCCCUGGUGCUGAAAUCGCUUCAGCACAGCCAACGAGCGACGCGGAGGGGAGGAGGAAGAAGAAGAAGACGAAAAAAACCCCAAAACAAACAUUUCCUAAAUCAAAGAAGGACAAUUUGUACACAGACUGCACUCCAGUCCAGGCCUUGGAGACAGAUGGCUGCCACUCAGGAUGCGAAAGGCAAGGGCGAGGGCGGUGACCAAAACUUCGACUACAUGUUCAAGCUGUUGAUCAUCGGCAACAGCAGCGUGGGAAAGACGUCCUUCCUGUUCCGCUACGCCGACGACGCCUUCACCUCGGCCUUCGUCAGCACAGUGGGCAUCGACUUCAAAGUGAAGACGGUGUACAAAAACGACAAGAGGAUCAAGCUGCAGAUAUGGGACACAGCAGGCCAGGAACGUUACAGGACCAUCACCACGGCCUACUACCGCGGCGCCAUGGGCUUCAUCCUCAUGUAUGACAUCACCAACGAGGAAUCCUUCGGCGCCGUGCAGGACUGGUCGACCCAGAUAAAAACAUACUCGUGGGAUAAUGCACAAGUGGUGCUGGCUGGUAAUAAAUGUGAUAUGGGAGAGGAACGAGUGGUGUCAGUGGAUAGCGGCAGGCUGUUGGCGGAACAGCUGGGAUUUGAGUUCUUCGAGACCAGCGCCAAGGACAACAUCAACGUCAAGCAGACCUUCGAGCGCCUCGUGGACCUCAUUUGCGACAAGAUGUCCGACAGCUUGGACGGCGACCCGGCCGUCACCGCAGGAGCGCCCACCGCCAAACUGACGGACAGUGCUCCGCCCCUCCAGCAGCCCGCCUGCAACUGUUAGUUCUACUUCCUGCAACGUGUUUAUGUCGUCCCACCGCCCCCAAACGCCUCUCCCCUCGCCAUCUGGACCGUUUAGUGGUAGAGUUACUAAAAUGCUGUCGUACUAGCGCCUAACCUUUGUCACCUUCUAACACGAGCAAAUAAGAAGUUACAGGAUGUGCACCUAGCGACACCGUCGCUAACCUCCAUGUUUGUAGUCCACUUCGUUGUGAAGCAUCCAAACUAAACCUAAAACCUUAGUGAUUAUGUUGUGUAACUUUUAUUUAAAGGAGACAUAUUAUGCAAAUGCUUUCACAAUCUUAAACAGUUCCUGGCUCUCUUAAUAAAUUACUUUCUGACAUUCUUCUGUCAAAAUACACAAAGGACAAAUAAAUACAGCACACUUCAUAUUACUGAAUACUUAAUAUCAUUUUUGGGGGGGGGGGGGGGGCCUCUCUUAUGCAAAUGUGGAGUAUGGCUUUCGUUACCAUGAUGACCGGGGGUUGAAACUAGGGUGUUGUGAUGAAGUGCGCUGCUACUCAGUGUUGCCAAUUUAUCAAGUUUGUUGCUAUAUUUAGUCGAAAUUAGUGAAUUUCGACUGAAUUUUCACCUGUGAAGGCAGCACUUCAUCGGCCUCAUGCAGAUUCCGAAUCCAGAUUUUAUUUGUAUUUUUUUAAACUAUCAUGAUGACUACGGGCGGAGCUAGGGCAUCGCAACGGCUACUCAGUGUUACCAGCUUAAACAACAAAACUAAACAUUUGAUUGCAUUUUCACUCACGGAGGCAGCACUUGACCACCAAGCCGUGGAAUUCGACUUUGUCAAUCAGUGUACUGGUCAACAACUUAGUCAAACAUUGGAGUAUGCGCUAGUUAUCAGACGCUAACGAUGAUAACGAUGUUAAUGUAUUUCAAGCUGUGGUUUCAGUGAAAUCUCCAUAAUAUGUCCCCUUUAAAUCUUAGGAUGCCAAAUAGGGCGCUCCUUGAGGAGCUUGUGUGUGUGUUUGUGAAUGAACUUUUGAGGGGAUUUUAAGGUGUUAAAAAAAAAAAGUGGCCUUUUAGCAUCUCCGACACGGCCUCAGUCCUGUUUUUAUUUGUUAUUUAUUUAUUCGUCCUCCAGCGAGGCCCUUUUACACGAGCUUCCGCAUCGCACUGAAAACAAACAAAAAAAGCCAAUCACGCGUUCAGCUUAAAAAGACAAGACGUGCGUUGGCGUUUUUGAUCUCACAACUGUGACACAGCACAGGAAGUAAAUGUACUAUUUAACGUGUAUGGAUGGAGGGGAAUUGACAGCCAUAGUUUCCUUUGGGAGUCAGCACGCUAAUAGAGCAACAGCUCCUACUAGUGGGCGCCGAGGGCACUGCAACAGUGAGCUGUGUCCAAUUGUAGCUUAUUUGAAUAUCCUUGGCCUUUUUGGUUCUGUUGGAACACUUGCAAUCAUGGAAAUAUUUGUGCCAAAAGAAAAGUAUAAAAAAAAAAAAAAAACAAAAAAAAAAAACACUCCCUUUAGCUUCGUUUGUUUGUUGUGUCGUCAACGAAAUAACAGCAGGAAAAUGCAUGACCUUGAAAGUAGAUUUAUAUCCCAGUAUAAAUAAAAUAAGUGUAUAUAUAAAUAUAUAUUAAUGCUACGUUAACAGAUUAAAAAAAAAAGCAUGCUUGCGGCGCUCGCCGUGACGUGCAAAUGGGCCAAUAAGUGCAAUAUUUUAUGGCUUUAAAAAGCCUGUAAAUAGUCUCUCCAUCACUAUGACUGCAGUGUGUACGUGUGUGUGUGUGUGCCAUAUUGUUUAUGUAAACAUUUUUGUAAGAAAAAAAAGGAGAUGGUGUCCCCGCUACAUGUCAAUCAUGUCAAACUGCAGUGUUGUCGUAAAGGGAUCAAUUAGAUCUUGUGUGUCUGUGUGUGUGUGACAGAGUUUGUGUGAUGUUGUUUGCGGUUGAUGCCAUGAAAUAAGACAUAAAUGUCGAUCUCAAGUGAAAAUAUCCAUUUUGGAGCAGGGUGAUUUGCAUAAUAGUGACUGGAUAUGCGAGAAGGUUGUGUUUGAGAUGGUAGGAAAUAAAAUCAACUCUAUGUU